GACUCGUGCGCACGUACACUAUUUACAACAGCGACCCGAGUCCUGCGCCUUGCGGAACCCCGUAACUGAUUCCCUCAUAAUGACAUUUUAUUUACGGUUACUCAGUGAGUGUUCGUGAUAAGAGUUCAUUGUGUUAUAUUAUCGAUGUUUUAUAGUUUUUAGUGUUCUGAUAUUGUGGUCAGUGAAUUUUCAAAACAACAUGUUUCCAAGAAUUCAAGGAUUGUUCCACUCCGUGACGGAGAAGAGAUCUCAAAACAACGACUGCGGAGAGAACAGCAUGACAAUAGUUACAGAGAAGAAGAUAGAAGACGACGCAUCAGAGUCGUCCAGUGGAGAAAAUGUGGACAUAGAAGAUAAAUCCCUGCCCAUCGUAGAAGCUCCACUCGAGUCUUCAGAGGAGGCUCAUUCAGCGCAAUGCUCCUGCCCAAAUUGUGAUGAAGUACUAUCAAGAUUCUCUGAGUGCAGCAUAUGCUUGGAACCGUUACAGUGUUGUGGACCCUGCGUCUGUCCGUGGUGUGGAGGCGUUUGGUGCGCGCGGUGUUCGAGAAGAAUGUCACGCUGCGCUUGGUGUCGUGGAAGCCUUCGUGCGCCUGCCACGCCCUGCCUCGCUCUCCAACGCCUCAUCAAUGAUCUUAUGUUACCGUGUCGAAAUUACAGACGAGGCUGCACGGAACUGCUGACAGCUAACGUCAGAGCGAAACACGAAGAAGAAUGCAAACACGACACAAUGAUAUGUCCCAUCACACCCACCUGCUGCUCUGUACCCUUCGAAGAACUGUCAGUUCAUCUCCAAUCUAAUCACAACAUCAUCGCGGUCUACUCACAGAAGAUUAAAAUCUUAAUAGAAAACUUCCAAACCAAACUCAAGAAGACCGCAUGUUGUAGGACUAAGUACAAAAUAAUCUUGUUAUACCAAAAAAGUGCAUUCAUUAUCAAAGUCUGCAUUUACAACUAUCAUGUAAAGGUUGAAGUAAUGAGACGAAAACUCGGUUACGUUGCUGAUUCAAAAUCUGAAUCGAGAAAGAGCGAUUACUGCGCCCUUAUCGAGUUCCAGAGUAAGGCUUUAUGCACAAAAUCUGCUAUUCUUAUCGAAAAUGAGGCAUACAGUAAGAAAGCUGAAGUACAAUGGAACGAUGUGAUACUCAAAUCGGAGAAUGAUGAAGCUAUCACAAUCCACGUUAACAUUGGAAAGACAGACUCUGAACCAUUAAGAAAGGAGUUUGAAUCGUGAUAAUUUUAGGAUCAUAGAUUUGGAUCGACUUAUAAAUCUUCGACUGAUAAUAAAUUCACUAAUAGAGUUUUGCAUGUGAUAUUAGACACGAGAUUCGAAUUCGAAGAUGUUUUAAAUACUAUUUUAAAACGAACUCUGAUGUAUAAUGGCCAAAAACUUAAGUCAAUUUCAAUUGAAUUUGACCUAUUUUGUAAAUUUUAUUAAUUAUAUACGAUAUAAAUGAAAUUAGUGUUUAAAAUAUAUGGUAACCACAGAAUUUAUAGGGCUUACGUUCGUGAUCACUUUCUUAAGGAAUCAUUUAGAAUUGUUCAAUUAUGAUAUUUGAAUAGGUGUUCCUACUUGUCGUUUUAUAUUUUUGUGAUGUAAUGUUAUAAACAUUCCAAUUAAUUUGGAUCUAUAUGUGAUUUUAAAUUAAGUUAAGUAAUGGAGAUGUACGCUGUAAAAUGACUGACGUAGGUUAAACACUUAAAUUAGUAAUGUAUUUAAGAUAAUUAUAAAAUUAAAUGAUAGUUUUAAGCCACGA